AAUAAAUAAACAAUCCAACUUAAAUAUUCGUCAUUUUUUACUUAAAUGUAUAUUGAAUGCUUGUUUUAAAACUAACCAUAAGACUAUUCCUUAAUAAUAAUAUAAACACAGCAACAGUAGAUCCUCUUGUAAUCCGGGGGUUAUGGAUACAUACUUAACCUUUAUGAAUGAAUUUUUUAAGUGUUGUCAUGUUCCUAAUGAGAGCUACUCCUAUCUCAGUAAGUAGAUGCAAUUAUUAUUAAUACACCGAGUACAGAAUCUUCCAUUCGAACUUAGCUACGUAUUUAGUUUGACAGUUGCUUUAAGUGAUUUCCAAAAUGGCUAAAUAACGUAUAUCUUUUGAAUUUAGUCUUUUUAAAAGCUCAGAAUUAACUGAAAAUCUAAGGUACAUAUAAUUUUCUUUCCUGAAUGGUACACUAAUUUAUGUGGAGAUAAGCGAAAAUCGUUUUCUUUCUCGGGAAUGUCCUUUAACAUCAGAUGAAAUUUAAGGAAAAGUUUGUCCCAUAUCUUUGCUAUUAUGGGUAGUCGAUAAAAAUGCGAUGCUAUGCAGUUCUAGGUAAAAUAAAAGACAUUAGAAAUUACUUAGUAAAUAAGGUUCUAGCUUUCAGUACUUGACUUGGUUAUUACAAGUAGAUUUAUCCAAUGGAACUGUGACAUCGGUGUUGGUCCGUACUGAAGUCAGGUUUUGAUCAAAAUGAUAAGCAGCAUCAGUCUCCUGAAUCUUUAUUGACAGUGUUUUUUGUUGAUAUUCUGAACUACAAAAUUUUUAAAAAGUGUCAGUGAUAAUAUAAGUGGUGUUUUCUAUCAUUCUGGAAGCGACCGAGGAUAAUUUGUUCAUUCACUCAAUCAUACUUUAUGUAUAAUCAUUGUAUUGCUUGGCGAUUUCAUUCCAAAGGUCAGGAGUACGGACAACAGAAGUGUUAUUUGGUUGAGCCAUAGAAAUUUAUUGGUUACAAGUCGAAUAAUAGAAUAGUCUUUUGAAGCUUAUAGCUUAUUUUUGUCAACUUCAUCUCUCAGUAUAGCCGUCAAUGUAUCACUUGACAUGCUCCGACUAGUUUAGAUAUGGAAUAAGAUAGAUUGCGUUGUAACCAAUUAGCGAUGAUGAUUGUGUGUACAGUAUUACCACUCGUUUUACGAUACCCCAUUAUCCACCAAACUCAUUUUAUGCUUUGAUGCCUCAAAUAUUCGUCAUUCAAAUCGGUUGUACUUAGUACUGAAGUUUUAAGUAUUAUUCAUACCGUAGUUUUCAGUGUCCUCAAUAAACGGAUACACUUUUCAGAGUAAUGAACUCCAUCUUGGCUACGUGCCUAAUUAGAAGGUAUCUGUUGGCGUUGUUGUGCUUAAUAUUUAUUUCUUAUCCAGUUGAAUACUUAUUUUCAUUCUUAUUUUGCUAUGGUCCUACAGCUCAUGAAUGAAGUUGGGUUUUAUGUGAGUACUGCCUAUGGGUUGUUUUUAAAUUAUUGCUGUGGGCGCCCAUGGUACUCUCGUGUUUCUCCUUCUUUGAUUGUGGGUGCUUUACCACUCAAAAAGUCCUGGGAUAAAUGGCAGGCAGAUGAAAAUAUCACACAUAUAGUGAGCAUGUUGGAGCCAUUCGAAGUAAAAUCAUUUGUCAUAGGAGAAAAGGAUGCUGUGAAUCAAGGCAUCAAAUAUCUCUCUCUACCAGUUCGUGACUUUGUGGGAGUUCCUACAUUUGAGCAGAUUGAUGCUGGAAUUACAUUUAUCAACUCUUGUGUACAAUCAAACGGAUGCGUGUAUAUUCAUUGUAAAGCCGGUCGUACACGUUCAGCAUUCUUAUUAACUUGUUAUUUCAUGUAUACAGAAUCCUUAAGUGUUGAUGAAGCGAUUGGUCGUGUCAAAUCCUUUAGAAAACAUAUAGUUUUCAGGUCAAUGCAUAAAAUAGGUUUAGAAAAUUACUUCAAAUUUUUAAAUGAUAGUAAAAAAAGUGAAAAUGUAACAAGUUGA